ACGUCUUACCGAUGUCCUGCGCCCGGUCUUCGUCUUCUCCCGGAUAAAACAAAAAUGGAUACAUCACAUCGACAAUAAAAUACACGCUCUUUUUGAAUGAUAUAUUGUGAAUAAAAGUGCUUGUGGUUAUAAUGCAUGCGGACGAAAUCUGGGGUCUUUCCCAUGACCAAGGGGACCAUGUCAAUGGAGGAGACAGCAGAUACCUUCGCCAUCCUGUUCAGUGAAAUGAUGUGAACACCUGUGAGGCUGUUCUCCAGUCUUUACUAACCCAAUGGAGAAAGUCCAUUAAAACAGCGUUUUAGUCCAGGACUAGGCUUAAUCUGUGUCUGGGAAAGCAGCCCUAUGUGUAUGAUGAAUGUGACCAGUCUGCCGUCAGUCUGCCACCACCACACCUACAACAGCAGCUUGGGCCCGAGGUCCUCCUCCUCUUCCUCCCCUGGCUGGGCCCUGAUCCACACGGCUACCCUCACUUCCUGCUCCCUCCUCCUCAUCCUCAUAUUCUUUCUGGGUUCUUACGGCAACUUGGUGGUGUUCCUCUCCUUCUUCCACCCGGCCUUCCGCAAGUUCCGCACCAACUUCGACUUCAUGAUCCUGAACUUAUCAUUCUGUGAUAUGAUUAUAUGUUGCGUGACUGCGCCGAUGUUUGCAUUGGUGCUUUUCCUGGACUCAGGAGGAGGGGGUGGCGUGUCAAAGACCUUUUGCUUCACCUUCCACCUGACCAGCUCUGCCUUCAUCAUCAUGUCUCUGGAGACGGUAGCUGUGAUCGCCCUCCAUCGGCUCCGUAUGGUCCUGGGCCAGCAGCCCAACCGCAUGGCCUCGCUCCCCUGUACUCUGGCUCUCACCGCCCUCCUCUGGACCUCUAGCUUUACUAUGGCUGCCCUGCUCACCCUGCGAGCCUACCCCAUGAAGGAGGGACCCUGCCUGCCUCACUUCGGCCUAACGGGUGGGCCUGCAAGGGUGGUUCUAUAUGUCUACCUGGCAGACUUUGCAUUCUGCGUGGCGGUGGUGUCUGUCUGCUACCUGAUGAUCGCUCAGACGCUGAGGAAGAAUGCACAGGUGAGGAAUUGCCGCGUCAUCACUGUAGACGCCACACGCCCGCCGCUACCACAACCCCCUCCCCCGCUCAUGGCGGCCGGCUUAGAGAGCAUGCAGUGUGCCGUCCAGGUUCCUUCACUCUACCGCAACCAGACCUACAACAAGCUCCAACACAUUCAGACUCACUCCUACACUAACAGACCCACCAGCCAGGGUCUAGUACCCGGGGCUGCCCAGGGAGCUACCUGCUGCCAGCUCGUCUCUACCGUCAACCUGGCCACAGUUAAAGACUCCAAGGCUGUAGUAACCUGUGUGGUGAUUGUAUUCUCCGUCCUUCUCUGUUGUCUCCCCAUGGGUGUCUCCUUAGCCCAGGACGUCCUCUCUCCAGAGAGCAGCUUCGCUCACUACCAGUUCGAACUGUGCGGUUUCGCGCUCAUCUUCCUCAAGUCGUGCAUCAACCCAUUCGUGUACUCUCGCAACAGCGCCGGGCUUCGCCGGCGCGUCCUCUGCUGCCUCCAAUGGGUGGCGCUGGUGUUCCUCUGCUGCAAGCACAAGACACGGCUCCAUGCCAUGGGUAAAGGUAGUCUCGAGGUCAACCGUAACAAGUCCUCGCACCACGAGACCAACUCUGCCUAUGUCCUCUCACCCAAGCCACAAAGGAGACUGGUGGAUCAAGCCUGUGGACCCAGUCACUCCCGGGACUGUGCCCCCAGUCCGAGAGCUACGGGCGGGCAUGGUGGGCGUAAGCCCAGGCCCCCUAGCACCUCCACCCCCAUCAACACCCGUAUCGAGCCCUACUACAGUAUCUACAACAGCAGCCCCUCUGCAGGACCCGGCUCCCCUACCAACAGUCUGCAGCCUGCUGCCAACUCCUCCUCCUCCCAGGCCUUUGGGUUCAACAAGUCCUACGUUGCCAUGCACUAUCACAUCCACCAGGAGGUGCUGCAGGACGUUGAGAGCACCUCAGCCCAUAAGAUACCCAUACCUUCAGUCUGACUAACCACCAUGAUUGAUUGGAUCCCUUCAGUCUAAACUGACGAAUAACCUUGGCUUAGACCUGAAGACUUGUGUUGGCUCGCCAAUCUAAUGCCAAUAGGCUUUAGUUCAGUGGGCUAACAUAGUCUUGUGGUUCUGCCGGACUUUGAGAGCACCUCGGUGCAUCAGAUCUCCAUACCUUCAGUUUAACUUACCACAAUGAUUUAUACAUGAAUUGAUUUGUUUAUUGAUCAGAUACUGUACUUCGAGUGUAACCCUGCCACCAUGCUGAAAUUUGAGAGGGAUUGGGCACAUAGAUCAGGGAUGCUAAAAGUUACUAUAAUAUUAUAUGACUAUCACAAGACACCAGAGAGUAAACGGUACUAAUUGUCUGAAUAUCAUGUGGUAUUGAACUGUUAGAGGUAAAGAAUAACCCCCAUUGACUUUAGAAUAUUAAAUGGAUGAUCUCUUAGUCCAGAGGGAGAGAAACAGCACUGAUCCCAUAUUGUUAUUGAUGUUACUGAAAUAAGUGGAAUCACUUCUUACACUGACAUGACAUUUUUCAUAUUGUACAAUUUAGAUGGUCUUUCUCGUCAAAAUAAUACUGUAUUUGUGAGUCUCAUACAUGUUCUAUGAUAUCAGUAAAUGUUUUGCAAGUGCAA